UGCAUUUCAUACAAUGUAUGCAUGAUACUUCAUGUUUGUUCGCUACAGGGUGUGAAUUGUGAUGUACCAGAUGGCGUUGUAUAUACCGACUUACACAAAACUGCACAGAAAGGAGAUGAGCUUGUUCUGAAAUGCCAAUUCUAUGGUACGCCAAUCGCCGUUUACUGGAAGAAAGGACAUGACCCAACGAACUCACCCAACCUGAUCACGUGGGUGGAAGGAGAAUCCGCCUCCGGGUCAUGCGUUCAUGACGAAUCUUGCAAGAUGAACGCUACCUUCUCUCUCAUCAUCAGAAAUAUUACAGUUUCAGAUCAAGGAUCAUAUAUCUGCAGAGUUUCAAACUACAAAGGGAUCUUGAUCCACAACUUUACAGAAGUAAGCGUCUUUGCUCCUCCGAUGGAACCCUUUCCACUUAUCGAUGAAUGUCCAGGUAAACUUCCCAACGAUGCUGAACAAACCUGUAGUCUUUCAACUGCUAAUAGCAUCAUCAUCACAUGCUCAGCCUCAAGCUACUUUCCAGACAUCGAUCUCUUCUUCUUACACGAAUCCAAAAGGAUGGGCGCAACAACUAUCAAGGAAGUUGCAAACAUGGACGGGACGAAAAACAAAUCAAUCUUCACCUUAGCUGAACCCAGUGAAAGCCCCUAUGUCUGCGUCGCUUCUGAUAUCCCAGGAUCACAAGACCAAAGGACAGUGACUGUCACAGUGACCUUUCUAGGAUCAACUGUUGCCAUGACAACAUCAUCCAAUCAAACCACUUUACCUCCGAAUCAGCGUGGAGAUGUAGCCAAAGUUGGGAAAGUAUCCUUCUUUGAACUAUGGUACCUGGUUAAUAACAUGGAUCAGACAAACUUGAAUAUCCUACGGGACGUCCUCGUCGAUCUUGUUAUUCCUGUGGUCAAUGAAGAACUAACCAAAAAAGAGGCCUACGACCUGCUCUGUCACUGGAAGGAUGCAAAUACACUUGACAAUGAAGGAAUGAUGCUGAAGAGUGUAUUAAACGGAUAUGGACUUGAACAUUCUUGGAAAGAGAUGUGUGAACGGCGACAUGAUACAACGUCGACGGUUUCUGAAGAACUUUUUGAUCAUGUUUUACGGAGCAUUGGUUGUGAAACAAAGAUUUGCCAAUUCAUUCGUGAACUGAUCACCGAGGAACCUAAAACCCCACCCAAUGUGUCAGGAAAUAGAAGGGACGUUACCGAGGAAUCUAUGGUUGUAUUGAGGGAAUGGCGUGACCGAGAACAGACUGUAAGCCAAAUCAUUCAAAUAUGUUUAGCUCUAGAAAGAGCCAAGUGCCAGCCAGAAGACCGGACUUUUUUUAAGGCAACCUUGUAUCCGAUAAUAGCUGCUCCUCUGGGUGUCCGUGCUAUUAUCUUUGGUUGA